AUGUUCUGGACGCCGCAGCCCCUCCCCCUGCUCAUGCUGCAACACCACACUGCGUCAACCACUCAGCCGGCUGGAAAGAAGCAAGUAGAAGAAGUGGCUAUGACUGACAUGGGUCAAAAGAGGACCAUAUGUCUCCGGAACAUUUAUGACCCAAAACCAGUAGCCAAAGCUCCCGUGCGGAUCCGACCUCCGCCUCCCAGACCCCCGACCACCAAACCCCAAGAGGCCAUCUCUGCUCCCUCUGUGGACCCUCCGGCUGAUCCCAUCAUGAGGAAACGAGCCAAGUCUCUGUCGUUUUUAACUCCAGAGAGGAGCGCCCAACACCGGGGUACACAGGUGCGCUUUGUGGAUGCCCUGGGCCUGGAACUAGAAGAAGUCAAAGUGUUUAAAGUCCAGGAGCACCCUUCCAUCCCCGAUCACGUCAUGUUCAGACUACGGAUGAAUUCAGAAAUGGCUUUUAAGAAAUCGCCGGAGCUGUCGUUGCCGUAUUUUAAACCCUGCUUUCCGGAGGACCAGAGAGCUCAGCCCAACUUCAUGGAACGCUUGUACAAUCAGUGCGUUUGUCUGGAAAAGGUUGCCUGCUCCGACCAGGGAAUUACAGGCUCCAUUUUUGUCCUGAACAUUGCCUUUGAGAAAAGUGUGGCGGUGCACUACUCCUUCACAAACUGGAGGACACACUCCAACGCUGCGGCCUCCUGGGUGUCGAGCGGAGACGGCGCCAAUGCACCGGGAACAGACGUUUUCAGGUGCCGAUUGCCUGUUCCACCGUUUAUCCUGGAGCCCGGAGCCAUUCUGGAAUUUGCUAUUUGCUACAGCGUGAAUGGACUCAGUCACUGGGACAAUAACAAGGGACAGAACUACAAACUGUCUUGCCAUAGCUACAAAGUGACUGUGCCAAAAGAGUGUGAGGGCAGCAUGCUCCAUUUCACCUAA